AUGGUGGGCGCCCCGAGAGGACGACUACGGCGUCUUCAGGUGGACAACAUUGAUGAAAGUGACUUAUUUGAUGAUAUGGUUCAAGAGAUGGAACAGAUUUUACUCAAUUCAGGGGAGCCGCGUGAAAGUGGACUUUCUACUGAUAACCGCGUUAAUAAUGCUCACCAAAAUCAGCAUUUCAGAGAUGGCAGCACCACUGCCUCUACCACUGGUACAGAUGAUGCAUAUGUAUAUCCCCUUUCUCGCAAUCUUUCGAAAAUUGAUUCGGUGGAGGUUGUGGGGGCAAAGCAAAGAACAGGGGAUGUUUCUUUCGGCGAGCGGAUGGUUGGGGUCAAAGAGUACACUGUAUACUUGUUGAAAGUGAGGAGUGGCGAAGAUGAGUGGGAAAUUGAGCGUCGAUACCGUGAAUUUUAUGCACUUUAUCAACAACUCAAGCUCUUCUUUUCUGAGAAAGGAUUGAGUCUUCCACCCACAUGGAUAAAUGUUGAGAAAGAGUCCAGUAAAAUGUUUGGGAAUGCAUCCCCAGAUGUUGUCAAUGGAAGAAGUGGUCUUAUUCAAGACUGCUUAUGCUCUUUGCUCGCCUCUAAUUAUCCCUUUGGAACACCCUCCCCUCUGGUUAAUUUUUUGUCACCGGGGACACCUGCUUAUGAACAAAGCUUUUUAAAGAUGCUUUUUCCGCGAUCUUUGAAAAGGCUGAGCAGCGAUUUACAUACCAAAGAUUCAGACUGCAAUGGAGCUCUGCACAAGGAUUCUACCUCGAUGGGCAAGACGAUAUCACUUGUUGUGGAGGAUAGGCCUCAGAAGUCGACUAGACAGUUGUUGGAGUUUCAACACUACAAUUGUGCGGGAUGUCAUAGGCAUUUGGAUGCUGGACGAACAUUGCUGCAAGAACUUGUACAAACUAUUGGAUGGAACAAGCCUCGGUUUUGUGCUUACACUGGACAGUUAUUUUGUGCCUCUUGUCACACAAAUGAUACCGCGGUUCUGCCAGCAAGAGUUUUACACCACUGGGAUUUUUCUUUAUAUCCAGUUUCCCAGCUAGCAAAAGCAUUUUUGGACUCCAUCUAUGACCAGCCUAUGCUCUGUGUAACUGCUGUCAACCCUUUCCUUUUUGCUAAAGUGCCUGCUCUGCUUAACAUCAUGAGUAUCCGGAAGAAAAUAGCUGCCAUGCUUCCUUGUCUCCAAUGUCCUUUUCAGAACUCCAUAUUUAGAGGAUUAGGAGUUCGAAGAUACCUUCUUGAUGGGAAUGACUUUUUUGCGCUUCGUGACCUUGUCGAUCUCUCGAAGGGAGCUUUUGCAGCACUUCCAGUUAAGGUGCAGACCGUAUCAAAUAGGAUACUUGAACAUAUCACGGAGCAAUGCCUUGUGUGCUAUGAUGCUGGCUUUCCUUGUGCUGCUCGACAAGCUUGUGAUGACCCCCUGGCCCUUAUUUUUCCAUUUCAGGAAGAUGAAGCUACAAGAUGUGGUUCUUGUGGGUCAAUUUUCCACAAACAAUGCUUCAGGAAAAUUAGUGUCUGCCCCUGUGGUAAGAGUGCCAGCACAGGCACGAAAAUCGUGGCACUAGAACAAGCUAUAGAAUACGGCUCAAACAGGCUGUCAACUGAGUUCAUCCCACCCCCUUCUUUUUCUUCAUCGUCAAGAUUUUUCGCCGGUAUUCUUUCGAAAGCAAGGUCAGAUAGGAUUUGGAAACCGAGAGACAGCAAUCCUGUGAUUUUGAUGGAUUCAUUGCUGGAUACGUCUAUGUGA